GGCCCGGCCGCCGUAAAAUCUUGCGAGAAAGGUGUUAGUCACACUAUCGCCCGGACUUCUCACCCUCCCCUCCACUACUAUCUCUUCCUUCCUGCUCUUCUGCUUUUCCCCCCUUCAACACCUCUCUCCGCUCCUCUCAACCAUUUCUACACAAGGGGACGUUUCCCCCGGCGACCUGCGAAGUUCCAAUUGAAGCUGCCGCAUGUUGGUGACCAAGAUGCUGUCCCUUCGCUCCGCUGUGCGGAGAGCUUCCACCAAGCCCCUCCGAUCGCUCUCCGCACCUAACGCCGUCUCGCCUCUGCGAGCCGGUAUCGUGGCCCGUACGGCUUCGACUCCUCUGCGCCAGAGCCGAUCCUACUCGCGUGGUACCGACUCUCAGCCCAGCAACACCCGCAGCACCGUCGUGCAGUUGCUGAGCAACAUUGGCUCCAAGCGCGAGGUCCAACAGUACCUGUCCCACUUCACCUCCGUUUCCUCCCAGCAGUUCGCCGUUAUCAAGGUUGGUGGCGCUAUCAUCACCGAGCAUCUCCAGACCCUGUCGUCCGCCCUCGCUUUCCUCAACCAUGUCGGUCUUUACCCGAUCGUCGUCCACGGUGCCGGUCCCCAGCUUAACCGCAUGUUGGAGGCUGCCGGUGUCGAGCCCCAGUUUGAGGAUGGAAUCCGUGUUACCGAUGGCAAGACUCUGUCUCUGGCGCGCAAGCUCUUCCUGGAGGAGAACAUGAAGCUGGUGGAGGAGCUGGAGCGCAUGGGUGUCCGUGCUCGGCCCAUCACCGCCGGUGUGUUUUCGGCCGAUUACCUGGACAAGCCCAAGUAUAACCUGGUUGGUAAGAUCAAUGGCGUGGACAAGAAGCCCAUUGAGUCGGCCAUUGCCGCUGGCUGCCUGCCCAUCCUGACCUCCAUGGCCGAGACCCCCGAUGGCCAGGUGCUCAACGUCAACGCCGAUGUCGCUGCUGGUGAGCUGGCCCGCGCUCUGCAGCCAUUGAAGAUUGUCUACCUUGCCGAGAAGGGUGGUCUGUUCAAUGGUGACACUGGCGAGAAGAUCUCCGCCAUCAACCUUGAUGAGGAGUACGACCACCUGAUGACCCAGUGGUGGGUUCGUCACGGCACUCGUCUGAAGAUCAAGGAGAUGAAGGAGCUCCUGAGCGACCUGCCCCGCUCGUCCAGCGUGGCUAUCAUCCACCCUGCCGAUCUCCAGAAGGAGCUGUUCACCGACUCCGGCGCCGGUACCCUGAUUCGCCGCGGUAACAAGAUCAACGUACAGACUUCUCUGUCUGAGUUCGGCGACCUUGAGCGUCUGAAGGAUGUGCUGGUUCGUGACCGCGAGGGCCUCGAUGCUCGCGCCGUUGUCGACCGCUACGUCGAGGGCAUGAAGGAGCGUGACUUUAAGAUCUACUACGAUGAUCCCAUGGACGCUCUGGCCGUCGUUCUGCCUCCCCAGGAGGGCUCUUCGAUGGCCCACCUGGCUACCUUCACCAUCACCAAGUCUGGCUGGUUGACCAACGUGGCUGACAACGUGUUUUCUAGCCUGAAGAAGGACUUCCCCAAGCUGGCCUGGACUGUCAAGGAGGACGACGAGAACCUGACCUGGUUCUUCGACAAGGCCGAGGGCAGCCUCAGCCACGACGGUGAGGUUCUCUUCUGGUACGGUGCUGAGAACGGCGACGAGGUCAAGCAGCUCGUCCAGGAGUUCACCAAGCACGGCCGUCAGAUGUUCGGCGACAUCAACCUUGAGCACCGUCUUCAUCGUGCUCACCAAGCCGCCAUCAACAUCAACAAGGGCUUUGGUGCCAGCGGUGCCUCUGCCGAGCAGAAGCGCGCCUUCUCCUCCGCCUCCAACGCUCUGCGUACCUCUCGCAUGAAGCGUCCCACCGCUGCCGUCAACGCUUCCCGCACCUACUCCACCACCAACCCCAACCCUCCCCUUGGUGAGAAGAACGCCUCCAACCCCCAGCCCGCCAAGGUCGCCCUUAUCGGUGCCCGUGGUUACACUGGCCAGGCUCUGAUCAACCUGCUCAAUGCCCACCCCAACAUGGAUCUUCGCCAUGUCUCCUCUCGCGAGCUCGCUGGCAAGAAGCUCCAGGGCUACGACAAGCGUGAGAUCAUCUACGAGAACCUGAGCCCCGAGGACGUCCGCCGCAUGUCCGCCAACGGCGACAUUGACUGCUGGGUCAUGGCUCUCCCCAAUGGUGUCUGCAAGCCUUUCGUCGAGGCCGUUGACCAGGGCUCCACUACUGGCAACGUCAUCGUCGAUCUGAGUGCCGAUUACCGCUUCGACUCCAACUGGACCUAUGGUCUGCCCGAGCUCGUUGACCGUUCCAAGAUUGCUCGUGCCUCUCGCAUCGCCAAUCCCGGCUGCUAUGCCACGGCUGCCCAGCUCGGUAUUGCUCCCCUGGUGCCCUUCUUGGGUGGUCAGCCCACCACCUUUGGUGUCUCUGGUUACUCCGGUGCCGGCACCAAGCCGAGCCCCAAGAACGACGUCCAGUACCUCACCAACAACCUUAUCCCCUACAGCUUGACGGACCACAUCCACGAGCGUGAGAUCAGUGCUCAGCUGGGUACCAGCAUUGCUUUCAUCCCCCACGUUGCCGUCUGGUUCCAGGGUAUCUCCCACACGAUCAGCAUCCCCUUGAACAAGGAGAUGACCUCCCGUGACAUCCGCAACAUCUACCAGGACCGCUACGCUGGUGAGAAGCUCGUCAAGAUCACUGGCGAGGCUCCCCUCGUCAAGGACAUUGCUGGUCGUCACGGUGUUGAGAUUGGUGGUUUCGCCGUUCAUUCUAGCGGCAAGCGCGUUGUCGUUUGCGCCACCAUCGACAACCUUCUCAAGGGUGCCGCUACCCAGUGCCUGCAGAACAUGAACCUGGCACUUGGUUACUCCGAGUACGAGGGCAUCCCCUUGGAGUAAAUCGCUUCGCCCUUGAUCUCGAUCUGACGUCAACGUUGGCAUCGACGUCGCCAUCGAUUUCGAAAUAAAGCUAUAAGGUCGUUCUAUGCGCGUCAUCCUCGCAUAUCAUUUGUCUCAUACCCCGCGUACAUCUUAUAUGGUCACUAUGGUAUGCUGCUUUGUAACGGAUGUUGUCGUUUGCGCUUCUGUUGGAGCUACCUACAUUAUUUAUCACUUCCUGUCCCGGAUGUCCUUUCCCAGGCCCUGUUGUUUAUUUUAUUUUUUUCUUAUCUCCCGAUCAAAGAGUUUUCGUGGAUGUCGGUGUCUGUAUCUGUCCUACUGUCCAAUCUCUAUUUCGUUUCUAGAUUCCAUUUGACUGCGGU